CUGGCAACGCUGCGAUAGCCAGUCAUCAUAAAUACGGAACAGCUUGGAAAACUUACAAGAAUUGCGUAUUAUCUGCUGUAUUACGAGAUCGAACUUUCUAAAAACCAACUUGCCGUAACCCAAUCAGCUGCAAACAUGUCCUACGCGUACUUGUUCAAAUACAUCAUCAUCGGCGAUACAGGCGUGGGCAAGUCCUGCCUGCUGCUCCAGUUCACGGACAAGCGAUUCCAGCCGGUGCACGACCUGACCAUCGGAGUGGAGUUUGGCGCUCGCAUGAUCACCAUCGACGGCAAACAGAUCAAGCUGCAGAUCUGGGACACAGCUGGCCAGGAGGCCUUCAGAUCCAUCACACGCUCCUACUACCGUGGCGCUGCCGGCGCACUGCUGGUGUACGACAUCACCAGGAGGGAGACCUUCAACCACCUGACCACCUGGCUGGAGGAUGCGCGCCAGCACUCCAACUCGAACAUGGUGAUCAUGCUGAUCGGCAAUAAGAGCGACUUGGACUCGCGGCGCGAGGUGAAGAAGGAGGAAGGCGAGGCCUUUGCCCGCGAGCACGGACUGGUCUUCAUGGAGACGUCAGCGCGCACGGCGGCCAACGUGGAGGAGGCGUUCAUAAACACGGCCAAGGAGAUUUACGAGAAGAUCCAAGAGGGCGUCUUCGACAUCAACAAUGAGGCAAACGGCAUCAAGAUCGGCCAACAGCACUCGCCCACAAACCCCUCGCUGCCAGGAGCCGGAGGAGCAGCUGGAGCAGCAAACAGUGGAUGCUGCUAGGAGUAAACUGCAGAUGCCCGAUUGCAAUUCUGGGAUAGACGUAGCCGCUUCUGUAAAAGCUACUUUAGUGACUAACUAAUAGAAGGUAGUUGGAGGGACAUAUUUCUUGUUUUCUAUCUCAACCGUAACUAACCACGUAAUAAUAGCUACCACUAAACUAGCAUUCGAACACUAAGCGUAAUGUUAAAACCAUAAAGAUCAGACAACUACGAGAAAAGCCCUCUUCUUGUUCAGCUACGUUUUAAUUUACCAAAAAACCGAAAGGAAAGAAACCAGAAAUAAACCAAAAUCUACAACAUUUGUGUCCGUGAAUGUGUCGUGUGUGAUUUCUAAAUUUUAUAAUGUUCAUUGAAACAGUUAUAAAUAUUUUGUGCAUGUAUUUUGUGUAUAUUGAAGUUAGUUUGCUAGUUACUUCGUGUAAAGACGGAUAGUUAUACAUUGGGAUAUUGACAAAAUGAUGUGUAAUAUAUAAACCGAACUCAAA